AUGCGGCAACUUGGCACCUUGGGCUGGUGCACGCAGGCUCACCUAGGCCUAAAUUUACCGGAUAGUGCCGGCUAUUUCAGCCGUCUCGCAGACUCUGGUACAAGGCAAACUGCUGCAACUGCACAGCCAAAAAAAAGGAACCGUCACCUGAUUUUGCGUGGAUUUCUCGCUACCGCCACCAUCGGGCCGAAAACCGUCACCGCCCGAGUCUCGCCAUCCAACACUGACCUCCGCCAUUCAUCUUUGCAUUUCGUGCAGCAGCUUGUAUCCUAA